ACAAGAGCCCUGUUCCAAAAGAUUAGAGAAAUGAAAGGGAAAUUUAAACCAAGAGUAGGGAUGUUGAAUAAUCAACAGGGGAACACACUGACUGACCAAGAUGAAAUAAAAGGAAGAUGGAAGCAAUACACUGAAGAACUCUAUAAAAGAGAUAUAAGGAUGACAGAUUCAUUCACGGAGGAGCCAUAUGAUGAAGAACCAGAAAUUUUAGAAUGCAAGGUGAAAGCUGCUCUUAAAAUACUUGGAAGAAAUAAAUCACCAGAAAUAGAUGGCAUACCAAUAGAGUUGCUACAAGCUACUGAGACUGAAUCUGUCCACAUUUUGAAAAAAAUCUGUCAAGAAAUAUGGAAAACUAAACAAUGGCCCACAGACUGGAAUCGUUCCAUAUACAUCCCAAUUCCAAAGAAAGGGGAUCCCAGGGAAUGCAGUAAUUAUCAAACUAUUGCCUUAAUAUCCCGUGCAAGUAAAGUAAUGCUCAAGAUUCUACAACAAAGGCUCUUGCCAUAUAUGGAGCGAGAAAUGCCAGAUGUCCAAGCUGGAUUUAGAAAGGGAAGAGGCACCAGAGAUCAUACUGCAAACAUACGUUGGAUAAUGGAACAGACCAAGGAAUUUCAGAAGAAAAUCACCCUGUGCUUUAUAGAUUACAUCAAAGCCUUUGGCUGUGUA